AGUCUUAUUACACAGUUCUCCUCUACACAGCAGAGAGGCAUGCAGGACUCGCGCUGCUCUCCCUGGAAUUUGGAUGUUAGAGGCUCAGCCACUAUUGGAGGAUUCUGUUGCAGGAUAGAGGGAAGCUUACCGGCAUCCCUGGUCCAACCCCGUUCUGCGGGAGGCAAAAUCCUAGUGCAGCUGGAUAUAUAAGAUGUAGGAUGCUUCCCAUUUCAAGAAUCAAGCGGCAGCCUUUUCUCUGGCCGGUGAACACUGAACCAGCUCCCUGGAUGUGUAUGAUCCCAGAUACACCUGGCAUCUUCCGGAUAGGUGCCGUACCCCCUCCGUUUAUCCUGUCCUGCCCCCACCCAUCACCUUUGCUGCAGGGGGUGCCUGCCUGGCAAGUCCCCUGUGACCGCUUCCUACCUUUGAUGUCGGUGCCCACUGCACCAGAGCCGGCUGUGCACCAGUUCCCGUUGGCGAAUGGGCAGUGGGUUGGCGGUCAUCCUUCUGCAUUUGGAUUUUCUCCAUCUUCCAGUAUAGAAAUCAUUCCUCUGUUUCCACAUGUUUACACUUCCACCAUUCCUCCACAUGCAAGAAAAUGUUGGCUGGAAAAGAAAAUACCAAACUGCAAAAUUCUAUUCAACAACUCAUUCGCUCUGGACACUUCCUGGAUACACCCCGCCGAGGAGCUGACAUUGUUUCAGGGACUAGAGAAGCCAAGUCUCAGGGCAAGCCAAGUCACCAUGGCUCUAUCCAGGCCGACUACUGCCAGGCCACUUCGUACCGUCAUAUUAACACCUCAGCGAGUAACAGGCAGCUGUCAGAAUAUUAUGAAGCCAGCCAGCAGCAAUCAGUCCAUCGCAUUUGUGGGUGCAGUAAGUGGACCCCCUGCAGCAUUAAUAGGAUUGGAUGCCGAGUCAUCACCGAGCCUUACUACACACAGAGCUCCUCCAUAUCAUAUGCUGACCCUCUCUCCAAUCAAGAUACCAUUUCUAACCUCUCAACUGCCUGGAGGCAAUUCAAGAUUUGAAGCUCAAGUCAAACCACUGCUACCAGCUCAAAUGGCCAGAUUUGCCAAGUCGCCAGCAGUUACUUUUGUGACUAGUUUGGCAGAUCACGCAUCAAACGAUAAAAACAAAGAAGCAAACAGAGCGCCUUGCUCAGCCACCUUCAUUUUACAUUCUGAGAGGAAAAAUAAAACUGCCAAGGCAGAUGAAAAGGAUGUUGGUAUUAAGGUAUCAAGUAGUGAGGAUUAUACGACUAAAGGCAACAAGCCAGUGGCAUCAACGCCAGUUCCAGGAUCACCAUGGUGUGUCGUAUGGACCAGAGAUGACAAAGUCUUUUUCUUCAACCCAACAAUCCAGUUGUCAGUGUGGGACAAGCCAAUCGAUUUGAAGAAUCGGGUGGAUAUAAACCGAAUUAUCGAGGACCCGCCGCAUAAGCGCAAAUUGGAAUCUCCUCCAACUACUAAAAAAGACGGACUUAUCCCAGAAGAUCUGAAUGACGAACAUAGCGCAAAGAUUAAGAGAAACAAGACUGACGAUUCUAAUACAACUGAGCAGGCCAGCACUGAGGAGGGAAGUGAGCAGCCCCCAUCUCCUAAAGCAGUCCCAUCUUUAGAUGAAAGGAUAACAUGUUUCAGGAACAUGCUUCUAGAAAGAGGGGUGUCGGCAUUCUCCACAUGGGAAAAAGAGCUUCACAAAAUCGUGUUUGAUCCUCGGUAUCUCUUGCUAAACUCUGAGGAACGGAAACAGGUCUUUGAGCAGUUUGUAAAGACUCGAAUCAAGGAAGAAUCGAAAGAAAAAAGGAGUAAAUUAAUGCUUGCCAAAGAAGAAUUUAAAAAGCUUCUUGAAGAAUCCAAGCUGUCCCCAAGAACCACCUUUAAAGAAUUUGCAGAGAAAUAUGGAAGAGACCAACGCUUCCGUGUGGUUCAGAAAACGAAAGACCAGGAACUUUUUUUCAACCAGUUUAUAAAUUUGCUGAAAAAAAGGGACAAAGAAAAUAGACUGCGCCUAAGAAAAAUGAGAUAGAAUGCCCGCCAUACGACACUGUACAUUGCAGACAAAAGGGAAGUAUUUUCUUUAUCAUUUAUCAGAUGGAGAAAAUGUCAAGCGGACCGUACAUUUUCGGGUGACCUAACCUGCCUACUUUAUAAAGGGUAUCUCUGAAAAUAAAUAAAUGAAAAUUCUACACAAAAUAUUGUUUCAUAUUGAAGCUAUUUUUUAUAACAUCAUGGUCAGUGUCUCUCUAUUUGCCAUUAUGAUGUAAGUUAGUUGCUGUAUGUUUUUAGUUGCUUUUGAUUAUUAUGCAAAUUACUGUUAUGAUGCACAAUGUAUAAAGUGACAAUUAUAAGCCUAUUAUGUUAUUCUGUAAGAACGACUUUUUUUUUUGUAAAAGUUAAUCCCUUUAUUUUUUAUCAUUUUAUGUUUAUUUUUGUAAAGCACAUUCCCGGUUAACAACCCAUGUAAACUGUAUUUCUUGACAAGUAAAAUGCUGUAUUGAUGUUAUAAUGUCAUUGUCUGAGUGAUGAAAUGAUGAUUAAUCUUGUUGUGAAAGUGUCACCAUGUUAAACUGUCAUUAGCACAAGGAAGUAGACACAACUGUCACUCUGUACUUGCUCUGACACACUUAUUUUGUAAAGCCAUUAAAAUGUAAAGUUACUUUUUUUUUUUAUUGUAUACCUACAGUAUGCAUGGGAUUUUUCUCAUCAACUUUGUAUACACAAAAUAUUUGAACUUUUUUUUAAAUAAACAUUUUAAGAAAAGUCAA